AAGAGCAUCUUCUUAAAACCAAGACCAGGAAGUAGCAGCUUAGCACUCCAAAUAACUAUACCCAUUUUAGGUACAGCCCUGAUGUAAAUGUGUCUAGUAUGUGGAACUAAAUGCUAGACAUAUUGGACCUGUAAGAGUAUUUAUAGGAAUGUAUUGCUGCAGUGUUGGGGUUUUUUGUGCUUGUGAGUGGGAGAUGAGGUGAUACCUGGAGUUCAGUGUCUUGCUGCAGCAUACCUGUUGUACUUCUCUUUUGGGAUGACUUCAAAGAACUUUUGUCUCUUGUGCAACUUGUUAAACAGAAUUAAGACCUUUAGUGUUAGUGCUGUAAAAUAAGCUUCCAAUUCUGGCUUGGGCUAGGAAUGUCUGAACCAUCUUGCUUCUGUUAAAAGACCUGUAAACGGGUUCCUUCUUUGGAGUGAACUUAGGGGCAAAACAAUCACUGAGGGCAUGUGACAAAGCCCCUGUUCAAAAGUAAACUGACAAAUGCACUACAAAAUGUUAUGGGUUAUGUUUGCUAAUAUUAUUGUAUGACUGGGAAAAAAAAAAUCAUUUUUCUCUUUAGACUGUCCUAUCUGAAUAAUUCUCUUUGCUGCUCUGUUUAUCCUUUACCCACUACUAACUUGGUUUGAGGAGCUGAAGUGCCACUCUAGUUUUUGGAAAUACUCUACUUUCAAUAUUAAGUAGAUCUUAGGUUAAGUUGCUUUGCAGAGACAUUACCUGAAUAUUUGUUGGCCAUAUUCUGUCCCUGUGCUUGCUGUCUGUGCUUGCUGGAUUGCUUAUCUGAGAAGUGUGUGGAUUCCCUCUCUGAGCUCUGACCUGUAGUGUUGGUCUUUAGGCCUGCACCCCAGUACUUUUAAUGACCAACCAGACUCUGAAUUCUGCCAAGUCAAAUCAGAGUCUAGGUUAUGUAUUUUCUUCUUAUUUACGGGCACAUGUGUCCAGUAGAUGGCACAUUUCAGCUGUUGUCUUGAAUAUUCCUGUAAACAGCAAUGAGUGAGUGAAUAAACAGAAAAAUAUCCAAAACUCAAAAAGGCUGCAACUUAAGUGUAGAGAGCAAGGCUAUUCUACCAACUUUAGCACUUCUACCUCUGAAAUCUAUAUGGACAAAGAGGCUUAGCUACUUUUAUUGCUUGGAUUUCAAAGCAGCCACUCCCUCCCUAAAGCUGUAAGGCAGAUGUACAAAGAGGUGCAGGUGAGGAGGGGAAAAAAAAAAAGCUGUCUGCACUUGUUUAAAGAAGGCAAGAUACUUUCUUGCCUGGUCCCUGGAGCUGGAACACCAGGAGGGAAGCAAGUUGCAGAGAGGGAGCCAAGAUACACCUUCAAAGCCAAUCUCGAGUUGUAUUUUCAAGAGCUUGUGUUCAGCAGCGCUUGAAUGUAUGUACAAUCAGCGUGUUUGUUCUCUGUGCUUUUUAACUUUGUUGUGCCGUGCAGCUGUUAUGGUACUCUCACAGGAACAAGAAACAGUUUACAAAUAAACUCCUUUUGCCACGGGGGUUUUCACCUGAUCGUUGCUGAGCUUUGUUUUCUAUUUGUUUGGCAUUUUGAAUCUGGGUGACUAAUGCAGCGCUUCCCCUGCUGUUGGUGCUUUCCUGCUACUCCGGGUAAGCAGAGCAGCCGGUAAUGGAGCCGCCUGUCCGGGAGGGCCCUUUGCCCUCUCCAACCUCAGGAGCAGCCUUUUGAUCAGGGGCUGGGGAGCAGGUCGAGGGCUGUACUUACUCUCCCUGCUUAAUUCGAGGUUUGCUUUUCCUGCGGAUGCUUCCCCGGGCGGGGGGAAGCCCGCGGGGCUCCGCCGACCCUGACUUUCCCGUGGGCGACGCUGCUCCCGCGCCCCUUUCCUCCCCGCUGCCGGUGGCUGCGAGGGGACGGGCGGAGCGGAGGCUCCUCACCCGCGAGGCGGCCUCCCUUCGCGCCGCGGCCGCCGGUUCCCUCCCGCUCCCCCGGGGCCGGGCGGGAGGCGUGGAAGAGCCUCCCGCGCGUGGGGCCGGCCCGCGGAGCCGCCAUAAAGGCGCGGGACAGGACCGGGCUGGGCCGCGCCGCGCCAUGGCCAACCCGUCGCAGUGCCUGGAGGAGGGCGCCGGGCGCUGGCCGCCGCGGCCGCCCGGGCCGUACAGCGAGGCGCAGCGGCUGGCGCUGGAGGAGCUGGUGGCGGGCGGCCCCGAGGCGCUGCGGGCCUUCCUGCGGCGGGAGCAGCUGCCGCCCUUCCUCUCGGAGCCCGAGGUGCAGGCCAUCGCGCGGGGCGCCCUGCCGCCCGCCGCGGCCCCGGAGCCGGCGGGCGAGCCCUCGCCCGGCGCCUCCCUCGACGCCUCCUCGCUCACCUACUUCCCCGAGCGCUCGGACCUGGAGCCGCCGGCGCUGGAGCUGGGCUGGCCGGGCUUCGCCAGCGGCGCCUUCCGCGGGCUCACGCGGGUGGAGGCUCACUUCCAGCCCGGCUGCGGGGAGAGCAUCUACGGCUGCAAGGAGGCGGUGCGGCGGCAGAUCCGCUCCGCCCGGCAGAUGAUUGCCCUGGUUAUGGAUUCCUUCACAGAUACCGAUAUCUUCAAAGACCUCUUGGAAGCUUGUAGCCAGCGGCAAGUUAAAGCCUAUAUCCUUCUAGAUCAGUCUUCGUUUUCCCACUUUCUAAAAAUGUGCAAGGAUCUGGGAGUUGACCUUGAACGGGAAAAGUUGAUAAGAAUUCGAAAUAUCACUGGGAAGACAUACUACACGAGGUCGGGUGCCAAAAUUGUUGGAAAAGUCCGUGAAAAGUUCAUGUUAAUUGAUGGCAUUAGAGUGACAACAGGCUCCUACAGUUUUACGUGGACAGAUGGGAAGCUGAACAGCAGCAACAUUUUGAUCCUGUCAGGCCCCGCAGUUGCACACUUUGAUCUGGAAUUUCGGAUUCUUUAUGCACGGUCAAAGCCUAUCAACCUCAAAGAGUUACCCAGCUGCAAGAAGAAUAAAGUGUUGGACCAGCUGGUCAGGAUAACAGUGGCUUCCAGAGACUUGACCAGGGAAAACUUCCUGAGAAUGGAGUUUUUGUAUCUUAGAGCUUUUGUAGGAAAUCUAAAAUGGAAGCGAAGCUGGCUGCAUGCUGCAAGGGAGGCAGUCUAUGUGUCAAAUAAUGCAAUGCAUGCCUCUCCUCCACUGACUAAGAGGAAUGGCUCUCUAGUUAUGAGGCCACACUGGAUCAUAGAGAGAUGAAUUGCACAUUGACUCAGGGCAGGAAGCAGAACCUCAGGAACCACGUCCAGCUGUCCAUGUCCAGUACUGUCUUACAGUAUGUUUGUGAGAGCAGCUGGGAAACAAACCUCAAACUGAGAGAAAGUGAUACUGGAAUUGUGGGUUUUUUUGAAGACCACUGUAAUGCAGAUCAACAGAUACAAUUAUGGUAUUGUCAGGCUCAGAUUUGUUUAAAAAAACCCAAACACUUUAACACCUGGAAAGUCAUUAUUGACUUCUAGUAUUCUGUCAGAUUUUCAUUUUUCAACCUAUUCUUACAUGUUUUAAGAUGAUGGGUUAGCAAUGUCUUAGCUCAGUUGCUCAAACCUUUUUUUCUUAAGGAAGCUAGGUAUAGAAAAGAAUAUUGCUUAAAAGUCUUCCAAAGAUGAAUAGCAGGACCGCUGUAUGGCUCUGAAAUCAAUCUAAGCUUAGUCUUGUGUUGCACGAACUCUCCACGAACUGUUUCAUGACACAGAACUGAAGGGCAGUAACCUUAAUCUAGGAACUAGUAGAUCAGUACCAUGCUACUAGUCCUCAAAUGUCACAUUUUCUUUACACAAAGCUGUGCUGCUAAGCAGAACGAGCUAACAUGUCAGGUGAACAAGGCUUUUGCAGUGACUGAAUUUCAAAUGACCCUUUCUUAAUUAUAAGAAUACUUGGAUUGUUGGACAUCAUGCAAUAAAUGUGUGCAAGGAACAGUAUUCCUAAGAGCCUACUAUGUUCGUAGCAGAGCCAAAUAAGACCGUUUUCUUGGCAUUACUGUAUAUACUUUUUGGUUUCUCUAUGGUUGUUACUGCUGCCUGAUCUUAUGGGAAAAAAGUUGAGUAGAUCUGAAAUCUGUGAAGCUGCUGCUAUUUCUCAAAAGCCUUACUUCCACCAGACAUGCAAUAACAUGAAAAUCAAAAAUAGAACCAUUUAUUUUUAAGGUUUCCUGCAAGCUAGAUUUAAAAAAUAUAUCCAUUCAUUUCUGGAGACAAACAGAAAAAAAAACCCCUAAAUGAAUAAACUAUCCCCCCAAACAGUUGUACAUUGAGGCACUGAAAUUCCAGCAGCCUGCCAGUACAGAAACUCUUGUUAGUCCAGCCAUGGCAGCUGUGGCAAAAGCAAAGGGACACCAUUUCUCAAGUUGUUCUUGAGGCUCUUGCUACUGCAAAAAACUUGGGUAUAUGCUUGUGUAAAUGUCUUGUGGGUUCUGGGCUUCGAAGGGGAAGGUUAAAACUUAGCUGGGGAAUUUCAUAUGGGUCUAUGCUCCACAUCAGCAGGAUAACAUUAAAUUGGACAUGUGCAGCUUACAAAAAUGGUCUUUAUGGACAAUGCAGUAACAUAGUGAUUAGGACACAACUAACCUGCGCCCUUUUUCUUCUGCACUUACAUUCAUGGAAAUGUAAUAGUUCUGACUUUCCUAAUCUGUGAAUAUUCAAUAGUUUAUAUAGUCUUAGCUUUCAUCCAGAAGUAUGUAUUUUUAUUCUUAAGUGUAUUUUCCAUAAAUACAAAAACCAUACAGUGUUGUAGUCCAUGGAAAAUAUUGUUUGCGCAAUCUUAUUUUCACAAUAAUAUCUGUAUAUGUUUUCUCAAAUAAAAGUUUUUAACUUUGUUAUUCAUCUCAUUACUUUAUUAGGCAACUCUUUCCAUGUGCCAUUAGUAGGGCUUUUUCUCAACACUUGCUAAUAUACCGAUGAUGCAAAAUACUGUGAUAAGAGUUAUGUUUAUUUUUGAUAGAGUGCACUUAAUCUGAAAAGUACAUUGAAAUAAAUAGCUAGGGUUUUAAGAAUGUCUUUAA